AUGGCUCCCUUAAGCGAGAUCAUUGAUAUGCUGAUUGGGCAAGCUUUCGGCAAACUUCGGAUUCCUGACCUCAAUCUUACUGGCAAAACCAUAAUUGUGACUGGCGCCAACACUGGCCUGGGACUAGAAUGUGUCAAACAUUUAAUGAGGCUACAGGCGUCACACAUCGUUCUCGCCUGCCGGGACGUCAAAAAGGGCCAGGCAGCCGUGCAAAAAAUACGAGAAGAGAUCAAAUAUGGGGACAGUACAAAGCUAGAGGUAUGGGAUUUGGAUCUCAGCUCCUACGACAGCGUCCUGGCUUUCAACAAGCGAGUCGACACCGAACUCUAUCGCCUCGAUGCGUUCAUUGCCAACGCAGGAAUGGAGGUCCAGACCUUCCAAGUGGCCGAGAAUAUCGAGAAACAUCUCACGGUCAAUGUUGUCUCCUGCUUUAUGAGCGCCAUCGCUUGUCUGCCGCUACUUCGAAAGACGUCCCGAGACUUCGACACUCAUUGCACCCUUACGUUCUGUGGAUCGAUGUAUCAUAUCUUCGGGCCUGACAGCGAGUUUGAUGCUGCUAUGACUGAGGAUGCCGACAUGUUCGAUGCACUUAGCGAUCCCACCCGUACAGACAUUAUCUGGAGGUAUGCGCUCAGCAAGCUCAUGGUGCAUCAGUGUUUCCAUGAACUAGUAGCGCAAGUCAGAAACGGCGUGGAGCAUACAGAUUCGCGGGUCGUUGUCAAUAUCGUUAACCCGGGCUGGUGCGGUACCGAGCUGUCGCGUGCGAAACCUUCGAAUCUGGGCGAGAAGUUCUGUUUUGCUCUCAUGGGAUGGACGGCGGAGAAAGGCAGUCGGAUCUAUCUUCAUGCACUUGCAGGCGGACAAAAGAGUCACGGACAGUACUUAUCCGAAGGUAGCCCCAAGAUUGAGUCGCAGUAUGUGCGCAGUGAUCGGGGCCGGCGGAUCCAAGUGAAGAUGUGGAAGGACUUGGUGUCUAGGAUGGAAAAGGUUGCGCCAGAAGUCGCAGGGCUGGUCACGUAG